GGUUACUAAGCCUCAUGCAAAGUCAUUCUCUGUUCACAACUUUUAUUUCUUCUCGGCUAUUUUUCUUCCGCUCAUAAAAAGAAUCUUAAAAACCAAACAGACAUGUCGGGAGGUUCGUAUGAUAGAGCAAUAACCAUAUUUUCACCUGAUGGGCAUCUUUUUCAAGUAGAGUACGCCCAAGAGGCGGUGAAGAAAGGUUCAACCGCGGUAAGCUUAUUUUUUGAAAUCUUUUCGUCUUUUUUUAUUGACUCUCGCAUUUGAUGUCCACAUUUUAAAUGAUUUCAUUGAAAAAUCAUUGACAAACCCUUGUCUUAAAGGUUGGAGUCCGCGGCAAAAAUAUUGUCGUCCUUGGAGUGGAGAGAAAGGCGGUCGCUAAACUCCAAGAACCACGCACUGUUAGAAAAAUUUGCACUCUGGAUGACCACGUUGUCAUGGCUUUUGCAGGUAAUAAAAGUUAGGAUUUGUUAAGAAAAAAAAUGAGUUAAAGAACUCUCAGUUAAUAGUUCCUUGUUAAUUUGUGUCGUAGGUUUGACAGCGGACGCUAGAAUUUUAGUGAAUAGAGCCCGUGUAGAAUGUCAAAGCCACAAACUUACCGUUGAAGAUCCUGUUACUCUAGAGUACAUUACAAGAUAUAUUGCGACCUUAAAACAGGUAAAUAAGUUUAUGUUUUGUUUAGGUUUCUACCUAUUCAAAGGUCUGUUUUUUGGAGAAUUUUAGAACACUCGCGGUCUAGUCACGUGGUAGAGCUAUUAAUAUACGAAAAAUUCAACCUGUGAAGUCGUCAAUCCCAUAUGGUCUAGUGGUUAGGAUCCGGCGCUCUCACCGCCGUGGCCCGGGUUCGAUUCCCGGUGUGGGAAGGACAUUGUUUAUUUUUCUUUUUCUUUUUUUCUACUUCAUUUUUUUCCCCUUAAUUUUUUUGGUUACUGAUUUUGAUGUUAAAACCAUACUGUUUUUUGAAGAAAAAAAAAAAUCCAGGUUGAUUUGUGGAAGGAACCAUAAAUACAUAUGAUACCUUUUUUGUAUAGUAAACAUGACAUAUUGGUAUUAAUGUGUCGGUCAAAUCGAAGCUUCAACAUGCCCCCCCGGGCAUACCCCUGGCAUUUGACACCUUUGCCGUCCCCGGGAGGAGGGAAUUUGAUUAUCAGAGUCUUCCAGGGGGUGGGGAAUUUGAUCCCCAUGCUUUAGGGGUGGGGGAUUUGAACUGCACCCCCGAUUUCAUGAAAAAUCUUUGGUGUGGCGAGCUAUCAUGGGGGACGCGGUGUUAGAGGAUUUUCGUGGACAAGAUUGUGCCUUUGUGGUCAGUUGGUUACGAGAAAAGGGCUUAAACAAGCUUUGUGCUGUAUUUGAAGUAUUUGAAUUUUAAAAUUUUUAAUACUGGAUUCAGGCUUUGAAUGUAUGAAUGCAUUUUAUUGUUGUGUUGACAAUGAAAUACAACACCUAUACCAACGAUUCAAUACAACAACAUAAAAUGAAAUAAAAAGCUCAGGUCAACUACUUUGACCUACUGCAAGUAUGUUAAUUAAUAAGGUGAGCGAUGAUGCAUGUCACUGAAAUGGUCAUGAUGUAGUAAUCUCAAUAGGUGGGAUUUUUUUUAUAGAACGCUUUGUAUGUUGCAUGACGAAAAAAAGCUGAGCAUUCAGUUACCUUGUAGCAGCAAUUUCCGCCGCUUUGCACGAGACUUUUGUUCGUAGUAAAUACACUAACAGUGUUCCUCAGUUUUUGUUAUAUUUAUAAAGAUUUUGUUCCACAACUGAAGGCGUUUCCACCGUCUUUCUGUCAUUUAUGUGCCUGUGAAAUGUCCCGGGGGUGGGGGCAUUUGAUCACCUGAAUGGACCCUAGUGUGGGGCAUUNCAAAGAUCCACAUGCUUGGUCUGAAUACAAAAACCUUUGUCGCGAAGUCAAACAUGAAAUAAGGACGGCUGAGAAAAUAUUCAUCGCGGAGCAAGUUGUAAACAACAAAAACAACUCUAAUUGCCUCUGGAGAGCAAUCCGCUUGUGCAUACCCAAGAAGUCCGCUUCUCAAAGGAAUUAUUCCAAAGAUGACAAAAUUGUUGCUGAUGAAUUUAAUAAUUUCUUUUCCUCUGUAGGAAAGAGUACCAUCAAUAGAAUUACUAAAUUGGCAGAGGAAUCGAAUUAUACUCUUAAUCAAUGUUCAUUUAUUCCGAGAAUCUACCCAUUGUCAGAGCAGUUCACCUUCAACGCAGUGAAGUGCGAACAGGUACAAAAAAUUGUCACAUCAAUGGCCAGUGGUAAGGCCCCUGGGAUUGAUAAAAUCCCAAUCCAUGUGAUCAAAGAUUGUUUGCCUGCUAUCUUGCCAUCGUUAACGUCUAUUAUUAAUGCUACCUUUGAGUUUGACACCUUCCCUUUGGCCUGGAAAACAGCUGAAGUGACACCGAUACUCAAGGCUGGAGACCACGAUAUUCCAAACAAUAAUAGACCGAUUUCAUUACUCCCUGUCCUUUCUAAAGUCUGUGAACGUGUCGCUCACAAUCAACUUACGUCAUAUCUACUUUCGAGAGGCCGUUUAUCAUCCAAACAAAGCGGAAAUAAACAGUGGCAUUCAACGGAAACAUCUGUCAUUCAAACAACUGACGAAAUCCUAAAUGCCAUUGACAAAAAGAAACUGACUGCAGUUGUCCUCCUUGAUCUAAGCAAAGCUUUCGACAGUAUUGACCAUCAAAUACUCCUCGCUAAGUUACAGGACAUUGGUGCGUCCAGACCUGCGAUAAAAUGGCUCGGAAGCUAUUUAACCUCGCGAUACCAAUUUGUGCGAAUAAAUACAACUCUGUCGACCAAACUACCUGUUAGUUCUGGCGUUCCACAAGGGAGCAUCCUUGGCCCAUUACUCUUUAACAUCUACGUUAAUGAUCUCCCUUCUGUGCCAGAAAAUUGUACAUCGCAGUGUUACGUCGACGAUACCAAACUUCUCAUGUCAUUUCAACUCCGCGAUCAGCACGAAACGAUAGAAAAAAUGAACAAGGACUUGUUAAGCAUUAGGAAUUGGUGCUUUGAUAAUCAGCUUUUACUCAACCCAGAUAAAACAAAACUAGUGAUAUUCGGCAGCCGGCAAAUGACUGCUAAGGUUAGCGACUUUAGGCUAUUUCUAUUGGGGAAGGAACUCGAGCCCGUUAAGGCUGCAAGAGACCUUGGUGUCACACUGGACUCUAACUUAACAUAUAAUGAGCAUAUUGUUUCUACUGUAUCCUCAUGCAUGUCACGUUUGGGUCAAAUUAACCGCGUUAAGCAUAUUUUUAAUAAACACGCGCUAAUUAUUAUUAUAAAUGCCUUAGUUUUUAGUAAAUUAUUCUAUUGCUCUUCUGUUUGGAGCAAUACUACUCAAACUAAUCUGGACAAGCUCCAAGCAGUACAGAAUUUCGCUUGUCGUAUUUUGAGCGGCGCUAAAAAAUUCGAUCACAUAACUCCUUUGCUAAAAGACUUGCGCUGGCUACCAAUCAGGCAACAACUUUAUUUUCGUUUUGCUGUUCUGGUUUUUAAGUGCAUGACGAGUUGUGCUCCGGAGUAUUUGACAUCAAAGCUCGUUGGAAGAUCCGCCGUCUCGACAAGGAAUACGAGAAAUUCUCAACUUUUGAACAUACCACUCUUCCGCACUGCCAGCGGCCAAAGGACCUUUCAAUAUAGAGCAACCUCUCUCUGGAAUGAGUUGCAGCCUGCGCUCAAACUUAGCCCAUCCGUGACGGAAUUCAAGUGUUUACUCAGGCAAAAGCUUCUUAAUGACUGCUUUAUUUAAUUAAUUUAAUUAAUUUUAUUGACCUUUGUCUUCUUUUAUCAUUGUUAUAUUCUUAUUGUCAUGUACUUGGUUUAUAAUUUUGUAAUGUAAAAUUGACUCUGAAAAGCCCCAUGCGGACGAGCCAAUAAAGUAUGUAUGUAUGUAUGCAUGAAUUUAAUCAUUGAUAAACAACAUACAUUUUUGUGCUCAGGGAUCCCAAAAAAUUACAGGCAACCCAAAGAUUAGUGUCCUACUCACUUUGGGGCUUGUGGCAAUAAAAUAAUUACUAAUUAAUAAUUUGUUAAUUAUUAUUUUUAACAUGUAACAAGUUGCUUAAAUCAUUUUUUAAAAGCGCUACACCCAAAGCAAUGGUCGCCGUCCAUUUGGCAUUUCUACACUUAUUGUUGGGUUUGACUAUGAUGGUACUCCACGCCUUUACCAGACAGAUCCAUCUGGAACAUAUCAUGCUUGGAAGGUGACUAUCUCCUUGACUAUUUUAAGACAGCUUGGUACUCUGCACCAUUUUCAUCAAUAAUUAUUAUUAUUAUUAUUAUACAUUAUACUCACUAUCUCUCCUCUCAUUGGCUAAGAUCCUAAAGUUAGUUUUGGAAAUUAGCACAACCUAUUUAGUUAUCUGCCUGCUGAUUAGUGACUAAACUGUAGGUUGGGACCGCAAUGCAUGAUUUCCAAGAGCAAUCUCAAACUGUGUUCCAUGUGAUGCUGUGUUUAUCCGUAUUUUCUUCAAAACAAUGUACAAUAAAAAAUAUUAUUAGAUACAUGUUUUGUGAUAUCCAGAAUAAUCAAUCCAUGGUUGGAUUUAGGGGUGGGCCAAGGCAUUUGUGGCAAUCUUAUCUCAGUCACUGUCAACAACAACAGUCCUAUUCAGGACUAUGUUCACCCGAACGAUCAAACUCAACCUAUCUCCGAAAUCUUGAAAAAAAAAUUUUUUGAGUAAAAUAUUAAAAUGCAGUUAAAUGUCAGUUAAGUGACCUCCUAUUUAGAUAGAUAGAGAUAUAUGGUUUAUUAAGGGGUCUCACUCUAUUAAGUGGCCAGUUUAAAGUCCAAAAAUAAUAAUUGUAAAAAAGAUUGGUAAAUGUAACUUCUAAUAAAUGACCACCUCAAUCAAGUGGCUCUGGUAACUUGAUGUUCUGCACCCCUCCCCCUUACUGUAACUGACGUUUACUGUAACUCCUGAUGAUACUCUCUGAUCUUUAUUUUGUUCAUGUUUUGUCUCGGUAGGCAAAUGCCAUUGGCCGCAGUGCAAAAACUGUUCGUGAAUUUUUAGAGAAACACUACACAGAUGAAGUAGCUGACUCAGACGAUGAGACCAUUAAACUAGCCAUUAAAGCUCUGCUUGAGGUAUGUAGAGAUGAGCAUGAUGUUUUUGGUAACUUGCAACUUAAACUGACAAGCAUAACAGAGGAAAUCCAGGGAUUAUUGUUGGAGGUUUCCCGAUUGUAGUGUACACCAUUGAAGGUGUAAUCAUUCCACCCUUACAGGCUGUUACACUUCCGAGCGUAUUUACUCGAAUAGGCGUCACUUUACAGGGCUCAACGGCCAGUCAAUGGACAAUGUCCGGCCAGAAUAGCAUCUUGACCGACCAAAUGCUCCACUGACUGGUCAUGUUAUUGAUCACGCAGACUCUUAUUCUUGAACAAACAGCUAAAUCCUUUCCUAAAAAUCUUUUUGACUAAUCUUUCAGACACAUGCAGUUGUCAUAAUGAAAUGCUUACAGGCGUGUGUUAUUUCCAGGUUGUACAAUCAGGAGGGAAGAAUAUUGAACUUGCAGUUAUGAGAAAGGGGGAAACUCUUAAGGUAAUCAGUAACAAGUAUCGGUAGUUGUCUUCGUGAAUGAACAUGAAGGUUCGUAGAUUGUGACGACCUUCAUUUUUUCUGGCCUGAACUUAAGCCCAGUCAUCAUUCCUUAUCCUUUAACAUUUCAAAUGUGUGUAAUGUCCGGCAGAUUAACAAUCAGUGAUAAACUCGAAUCCCCCGUAAGCGACUACCCAAAAUGCUAAGAGUUAAUAGGGAGCUUAAGCGACGGCGACGGCGACGGCGACGGCGACGGCGACGAAAACGUCACUUAAAAAGUGAACACGCGCUGCCUCAAACUUUAUGGCGCUUAUCAUUUCCAUCUCGUUCAAUUCCUCAAAUGUUGUCAAAUUUUUUUAGAGUUGAAUUCUAAAGAACUGUAUCAAAGUUCAGGAAAAGAAAUAGAAAGUUGUUGUCGUGUGUUCCCGUCCUCGACAAAACGUGAAAUUAGGCAUUUUCACGUUGUAGUCGUGCAAUGACGGCUAAGAAAUGUACAAAAAUGGUGAUGCACGUGCAAAGUUGUUGUUCUGCCAAUCUAAACGGUUAAACUCUUGCUUUUUAGCCGUUGUCGUUGCCGUCGCCGUCGCCGUCGUUGUUGCUUAAGCUCCCUAACAGCCGCUUAAGAGAGGUAGUCGUUUAUGAGAGUCGAACAUCACAGGAUCUCUCUCCCACGUGAAGAGGUCUGAACACAUCUUCUACUUGGAAGAAGUGUAUUUCCAUGUUGUCACUUAAGUUCUUCGCACACUCUGAAUGGUGUGUAGUAUAGAGCAAACUUAGAGAAAAAGAAAUGCGUCAAGUAGUCGCUUACAAAGGUUCAAAAAAAUCAGUGAAAAAGUCUUAGUUAUUUCGAGCAACAACAACUUGCCGCUCAUAACGUCACCCCAAAAGCGUUAAGUUUCUUAAGGUGAUCGAGAGUAGUCGCGGUCCUUUUCGAGGGGUGGUCGCGUUAAUAGAGAGGAGAAGUCGUUACGUCACGUUGCCAUAGUAGCACAAUUUUUGGAUGACAACAAACUGGUUAAGCCACUUAAAAGUCUAUUCGCACUUUUUCGAACUUCACCCAUCUUAUUCACUUUCAUUAAAGUUGGUAAAUCUUGGCGAAAUUGUCUUUGGGACCUUACCUAUCGUUAUCUAAGUUUUAGAAAAAGAAAGCGAUAAUUUUUGUGUUGUGUUCACCUACUCCAUAAAGCGGGCUCGUGAAAUUAGCAAGUUUCAUGUCGUAGUGGUGCAACGAAGGCAAAGAAAUGUACAAAAUAGCGUGAUGCACGUGUAAAGUUGUUGUUCGUUAAUUUAAACAAAUUAUUUUUUUGCCGUUCUCCUUGCCGUCGCCGUCGCCGUCGUCGUAGGGUUUGUUGUCAUCCAGAAAUAGUGCUUCCAUGGUAACGUGACGUCACACUUCUCCUCUCUAUUGCCUUGUCCCUGUACGGCGUUUCCCAGUCCCUCUCGGUCAAUUCACUUCGGUGAAGUAUCUGAGGCGAACGGGCGGGAAACACUGGUCUUGUAAACAUGAGCUGUCUCACUUUUGUGGAUUUUUGUCUAGGCCUCACAUUUUUGCUUGGACCACGUGACCCAAAACGCUUUGGCCGCGCGGAAUAAUGAGGCUUGGGGACUAGGCGAGUCGUUUACGUGAGAUUGAAACUAUAGUAAUUUGUCUGGGAAAAUUUUGAUAUUUUGGAUCGGUGCUGGCUUAGGGAGGUGGUCGCUUGCAAUAGGCGGUCGGACAUGAAGGUUUGGCUGUAAUUACACUUGCCACCACAUGCAACGCUUCCCCUUGAAUUAGACCAAAGUUUCAUGGUCCGUAGCUAGGGCUUAAACCUUCCACGCAGACGUUCUCAGGGUGUUGUGAAAGUCUAGUUUUUUCAUUCCAUCUCUUCACUGAAACCUUCAGUGGUUCAGUGAAAGGCUCUGAAUUCAAGAAUUAUUUUUUCUCUGUUGCAGAUUUUACAGCCAGAAGAAGUCGACAAAUUUGUAGAAGUCAUCGAAAAAGAAAAAGAAGCAGAAGCAGAAAAGAAAAAGAAAGAAAAGGCCUCAGGAUCAGCUAAAUAAAAAAAAAAACAAUAACUUGGACAGUUUUUUUUGUUUUUUUCAUUGACAGUCGUAGGCUUGAGUUACCAAGCAACAACAGGAGUUAACCAAAUUCAACACUUCAAGGGAGUUUGAGACUCACUGAAGUCAUGCAAGAGUGUCGUAAUGUUGGAUUUUUGCCGAUUCAAAUUAUUUAAGCUAUUUGAAUCUUGGAGAGAAUGGGAGGCUAAUGGCGGGGAUUAAAACUCUUGUUAACUUUCAAAUCCUUUGAACUUCUGUAAGCUUUGUUUCGUUUGGCUUACUAGUAUGAGAUGAGAGCGAAUAGGUGGUACUUAAAAAAACGCAUUUGUAACCUCUUGUUGCAACAAGAACUGAUUCAGGUCAACUUCUUUACUAUUGUGUCUCUUACUUCCUCUUUUGAUCCUUAGCGCAAAAUAAAACUUAACAAAAAGAAACAAUGUGAUCGAUGUUUUUUUUGUUUUACUUCGUCUGGUUCACUUCUUUAAUCUUGAUACAUGUAUAUCGAGAGUUUGCACGUGCGGUCACACAUUUCUGCGUGACUAAACUAAGAGAAUUAGAAAGUCCUAUUCCGUAGAAUUUUGCACAGCAAAAGACGGGAAUUAAACGGGAAAAGGUUCCACUUUUCAAUCUUACGAUGCGUAUGUGGCG